AUGUCAGGGCAUGCUUUGUACUGGGAACUGUAUCGAGUUCUGGGAGUACAGAAGACGGCGGCGCGGAGCGGGCGCUGGCGGGGCGCGCUGCUGGCCUUCGCCGCGUGGACGGCCGGCUGGGUGCUGGCGGCCGCGCUGCUGCUCCGCGCGCGCCCGGCCGUCCUCCCGGAGCGCUGCACCGACGAGAAGAGCCGGCGCAUCCUGGCCGCGCUGUGCCGGGACUACCGCGGCGGCUGGCUCACGGGCGCCCUGUGCGAGGACCUGUGCGUGGCCGGGGAGCUGCUGUACCAGCGCUGCCUGUAUUACGAGCAUGGUAAGAAGGUGCUGCAGGCCCAGUGGCGCGGCCGGACUGUGGUCCUCAAAUCCAAGAAGGAGGCCUUCUCCAGCUUCCCAGCCCUCAGUCUGCCGGAGGAGGAGGCAGGGCCGGGGGACCCGGGUAUCCCUGAGGCCGAGCUGCUCCUGAUGGUGGCCGGGGAGGUCAAGAGCUCGCUGGGCCUGGAGCUGCCCAACACCAGCAUGGCCCCGCUGUGGCCCGCCAGGCAGGGCCCCGGCUGGCGGCGGCAGCUGGCCAGCGCGUGGUCGCUGCUCCAGCAGGAGGAGUACUUGUACUUCAGCCUGCUGCCGGACCUGAGCCGCCACAUCCUGCCCGUGCUGGGAUCCUGUGGCCACUUCUACGCCGUGGAGCACUUGGCAGCCGGUAGCCCUCACCACAGGGCACUCUUCCCACUGGCUGACGCGGGCCAGGCACAGGCUAUCAGCCACAUAGCCCUCAGCUUCCUGGACAUGGUGAGCCAUUUCGACAGCGACUUUGCCCACCGCCUCCACCUCUGUGACGUCAAGCCCGAGAACUUUGCCAUCAGGAGGGACUUCACGGUGGUAGCCAUCGACGUAGACAUGGCCUUUUUUGAGCCUAAAAUGCGGGAAAUCCUUGAGCAAAACUGCACAGGAGACGAAGACUGCAAUUUCUUUGACUGUUUCUCCAAGUGUGACUUUCGAGUGAACAGGUGCGGAGCCCAGCGUGUCAACAGCAACCUGCAGGUCAUCUGUGAGAAGAUAUUCCGGCACUGGUUCUCCCCCGGGAGCCCCGAAGUGUCCCCCCAGCUCCGGCUGCAGCUGCAGCAGGCCACGGAGGAGUGUGCGCGCCCCGGGGGCAGCUCCGGGGGGUCCCGGCCGUCGCCCCAAGUGCUCCCCAGGCUGCGGUGGCUGCUGCAGGCCGCCCUCAGGGAGCUGCAGGAGGCGGCCGAGUAGCCGUGGUCCUCGAGGGGACAGCAGCGACCCUCAGGCCAGUUCUUCUGCCCGAGCCAUGCACGGGAGCUUCCACUUCUGGCGUAGGAAGCAGCGUGCAC